GUGAGUACAGCUCUGGAGAGAGGUUGGGUGUGUCUGAGCUCCUGUUACUUCCAGACUCUUCCAGUGAAGCAGUGAUUUCCAUCCGCCCCUCCCCAGGUGUGUGGCAGAUACCUGGGUAGAGGGUUUUCCUGCUAUGGAGCCCCAGGAGGCUUCAUCUUGCACUCCCCGUACCCGGCCGGCGGGGGGUGCAAAGGAAAAUGUGACGGCCAGCAGCCAGGAUGGGGUGAGACGAUCCACCAGGGCCCAUCGCCAUGUGGGGCCCCCUCCCCCAUCCCCAGCUGGGAGCUGCAAGGCUUCCAGCAAAAGUUCCUCUGGGAAAAGAAGCUCAUCCAGGCAGAGGAGUGGAGUGAAGGCUUCUACCUCAGGCUCCUCAGAACCCCAGCAAUGGGGGGUAAAGGAGCCAAGGGAAUCCCUGGAGACUUUCGGAUCUAGAAUCCAGGCAAAGAUGGCCCAAUAUGAACAGCUUGGGAAACAGCUUCGUGGUCUUAGAGAAGACAUAAAGUUUGCAACUUACCAGGCGGAUACAGCAGCCAAGGGCAAGAAAGCAUCAUUCACUGCAAAGGUGAGAGCACUAAAGAAAGAGGUGGAGGAGAUUGUUCAGCUGAGAGCGGACAUUGUGGCUGGAGCCGGCUUCUUCAGUGAGAAGAUUCUUAAUGAAGAGAGGUUCCCCAAAAAGGGGGUCUCCAGAGGUGCAGAAAAAGAAAGUCACCAAGAUGAGAGUGAGGAGGAGAUGGAGGGAGGUGAGGAGGGGGAUGUGAGUGAGGGGGAUAUGGACACGGGUUCUGCUUGUACCACCACUGUUACCCCAGACCCCCCACUUACCCUCAGUGCGGACUACAUAAACCCGGCUCAGGUGGCCUUACCUCCCUCCAGUGAGGACGAUGAGGAUGGCAGUGACUGUAGUGAUUGCAGCGGCUCGGCAGAUGGGGGUCUCCUGCGUGCGAUUGUUAUGCAGGAGUCCCCCACCCGUCUGGAGAACUUCACUUUUGGUGAUGAUUUGGGCCCAGAAGAGAAGGGGAAGAGGAAGAAAGUGAAGGGCAAGAAGAGGAAGAAGGCACAAGGAGUGAAAUUUGUAUUUUCUUCUUUCCAGCAACCUGGGUCGGCUGAGAAGUCAGCUCAGGGUGCUGGGUCCCCCAAUCUGCCAGACCCCGUUUCUGUAGUGGAGCGGGGCCAGCAUGGGGGAUACAGUAGUGCACCCAAAAUGGCCGCGGGUGCUAUAGAAGAAAAAGGGCACCAUCCUGUGAGGGGGGAGGGUGUCCAGGCACCAGAAAAUGGCGGCAGUUUCUCCCGUUCAGGGGGCGGUCCCCGGGUUGAAGUGAGCGGUACAAGUCCUGGCGCUGCAGGGCACUCCCCUGUGAGGGGGGGGAGUGUCCGGGCACCAGACCUUGGUGGUUCAGGGGGCGGUCCCCUAUGUGCGGUUGGUACCGUUUCUGGCGCUGCGGGGCACUCACCUGUAAAGGGGGAGGUUCCCUGCACGUCAGCUGCAGUAGGCGGGGCAGGAGUGCGUCCGGAGGGACAGCUCCUGCCAAAAUCCAUGACUUCGUGUGAGGGGGCGGUGCCAUCCAUAUCAGAGGCGGAGCCUGUGUCUGCACCCCAGAAGACUGGAAAUGCAACCUUAGUCCUGAAACCAGCGACCCUUAUACAUAAUGCAAUAGACCCAGCCAGCCCAGCCUGUAAUAUACAGAGUAGACCCCCCGGAUGGGUAAAGGUUAUUGGAAGCUGAAUUCGUCCCUCCUGGAGGAAGCGGAGCACAAUUACCAACUGGGAAUUAAAAAAUACAGUAACCCCCCG